AUGAUGGAAGUGAUAAACCAAAAAUCGAAAUAUUUUCUUGUUAAGAGCUCAUUAUUCAUCAGUGACAUCCUUGUCAUGUUCUUCACUUCCGUUACUUGGUCAUAUGUUGUGUAUCCUGAAGAUCCAUCACCAUCUCCUGCAUCUGAGGAGCUAAGAGAGAUGGCGCUAGAGAUUGCUAUUAAGAAGAACAUCCCAUUAGUUGAUGAGACAUGA